GAGGAAGUUUGGGUAGCUUUGGUGGGAGGCUUGGCGGCCUUCGGAAUGAUGCUGUGGAUUCUGGCGAAUGUGUGGAGAAGGAGCGUCAGAGCGCCUAGUCAAGGUUUUAGUAAGACAUUUCUAUAUGUGCUGGGCGCUUUCUUGGAGCAACCACCCAGACUCCUAUAUUUCAACAUCACGGGAAAGGUUCUUGUUGGUUUGUUGCUGGUAUUCUGCCUAGUUAUAGACACGGGAUACAAAUCAUCCCUCAUAUCGCAUCUCACGGUCAAGAGUAAGUCAAACACAAUCGAAAAUUUUAAAGACUUGUUAAGUCUGACAAACUGGAGAUGGGGAGCCGAGCGAUGGUCCUUGGUGGGUGCGCCAACGCGAUAUUUUUCUCAGCACACAGACUUUGUGGUGCAACGGGUGUACAAGAAGAUGGAGAUAUUUGAGACAAUAGAUGAGACACUGAUGAAGGUGCUUGCUGGAGGGUUUUCUUUUAUUAGUUUCAAAAAUUAUGUCAGUGUUGCUGUCGCUUCCAAAUUCGCUGGCAGCGUCGAAAGCUCCCCAUUUUACUUUAGCAAAGAAGGCGUGUCCAUCAUGGCAGUUUUUGGUUGGCAUACCAGAUAUGGUGCUCCAUUUCAAUACAGAUUCAGUAAUAUAUUUCACCGACUGGAAGAUGUUGGAAUCACCUCACGCUGGAAAGAGGAGGUUAUAACACGACGGAUACAAGAAAACAGAGCUGCUGCCAUAAUAAGCCCAGCAGCAGAAUACAAGAGUUUUCAGAGUGCGAGUCAUCAACAGGAACAGGAACAGGAAGACGGGCGCCACGUAGUCCUUGGUAUGGCACAUCUACAGGGUGCCUUUUACUUAAUGUUCUUGGGUACAUGUCUGGCUUGCCUUUCAUUGCUGAUGGAGACUCUUUUCUCUUAGACGUACUGACAUGAUUUUAAUCUCUCUCUCUCUCUCUCUCUCUCUCUCUCUCUCUCUCUCUCUCUCUCUCUCUCUCUCUCUCUCUCUCUCUCUCUCUCUCUCUCUCUCUCUCUCUCUCUCUCUCUAUCUAUCUAUCUAUCUAUCUCUUCUUUUUUUUUAUCUGAAG